UCAUGAAAUAAGGCAGGCAACUCAAAUGAGAAAAAGGAUUACGACGCGAAUUGGGAAGUUCCUGCUAACAGAGGAGUGGUGUUUCAUGUCUUGUGCUUUACUCUGACUUGAUCGUUUCUUGAUCGAUUUUAACUCACUACAUUAUUUCUCGCCACUGAUGAGUUCACGCUGAGAGAGACACUGGCAGUUACCACAGAAAAAUGGAUGUCGAUCACAGGACUAAAGGCCCGCGAGCGUGUACGACUUGCGCCAAGGCUAAGGCGAGGUGUAUCUCGGGCCCGGAUGGGAGUAACAAAUGCGAGCGAUGCCACAGGCUCCGCAAGCCGUGCGGUUCGCAGACCCCUGCGCCGCCCAGGGCGAAGAAGGAACCCAAGCCUACCAAAGUCUCUGAGCUGGAGAAGAGGCUGGAUGAGUUGACGACGCAGCUGAGCGCGACGACGCAGCAGCCGCAUCAGGGCGGCGUUGGUGUUGGUGGCAGGAAGAGCAGCGAGGUCGCGACGACCGUCGCCAACGGGACCGUCGUAGGGAGCGCAAACUCACCGCUUCCGCCCAGCGGUAGCAUCGCGCCGGCGUCGGCUAGGAUCCCGAUUAACUGCGAUCACCUCUUCCCGCCGGAGGAGGUCAUCGUCGUCGGGGGCGAGGGGGGGUGGUCCGACACGUCGCCUGCGCCGAGCGCGUCUACGGCGGAUGAUCACCAUACGGUCGGGAGCAGCCAGGCCGACAACGGCGGCGCCUCGGGGAUGGGACCUACGUCUGCGACGGCGAACGAGUCGCCAUGGCCGCUGAACAACGAGCAGAGCAAAGUUCUUCAAGUAUUUCUGGACGACAUGCAGCCGCUGUACCCCUUUGUAAUCGUACCUCCGCAUAUGGGCCCGACGCAGCUGGCCGCCGAGAGGCCGUUCCUGUGGAAGGGCAUCAUGAUGACGGCGUGCCACUUGGACGCGACGAAGCAGGUCCUUCUGGGGGAGGAACUGUUGCAGGAUAUUGUGCAGGCCGCGUUCAUGAAGCCCAAGAAGAGUCUGGACGUGCUGCAGGGGCUGCAGCUCCUGAUUGCGUGGUAUCACUACAACAUCAAUAGCUACCAGCUCACGAACUUGCUGUUCCUGGCGCGGUCGAUGUGCGUUAGUUUGGGUUUCAAGGAUAGUCCCAUGCAGCUGGCUGAGCGAGGCGGGAAGGGGACGGGGCUCUCUAUUAGUUUCCAGAAGCCGGAGAGUGAGGCGAGGAAGGUGCAGACGCCGGAGCAGAUUUCGGCGCAGUUGGAACUGAUGAGGGCUUUUGCUGGAUGUUAUUACCUCAACACACUCGUCUUCACGACGAAUAAGCGGCCAGACGCCUUUAUGAACACGACGUACCUCGAGUCCUGCUGCCGACAGAUUGAGGAGGCGGCGGAGUAUCCUAGCGACGCGCUCCUGGUCCACCUCUUCAAGAUCCAGCAGCUCGCGCAGACAAUUUCUCUCACGCUCGGAACGGAGAGCACGAGCUUCCAGUCGCUGCAGCUGCCCCUGACCAUGGUCGUCCAGAGUUUCCAGCAGCAGCUUGACAUCUUCAAGACGUCGCUGCCGGAGCAUCUCAAAGACAAUGUCGGCCUCCUGGCGCACAUCAGCAUAGCGCAAGUCCUUCUCUACGAAAUCGGCAUCCCCGAAGCCCAGGGCCCGGCCUCCUUCAUCUCCCUCACGGAACGUCUCGAGCUCCUCUGGGGCUGCUGCAGUGCCGCCAAGCAGUUUCUCGAGAUCCGCUUCCCACGCAACCACCUCAGCCUGCAGCCGCGCUUCACCUGCCUCAGCUCCUCGGAUUUUUUGUACGUCUUCAUCGUGUGCUUGAAGCUCAUGACGCUCGAUCAGGUGCCCGGGUGGGACCUGCCGCUGGUGCAGAAGCACCUCGACCUCGGCGGGGUCGUCGAGAGCCAGGUGGCGCACUUGGAGGUUUUUGUGGCGCAUCGGAGCGGCAAGUUUAGGAGGGCGGCGGCGGACGCGGCUGCUGCGAGGGGGGAAGAAGGAGAAGCGACAGGUCCAGCGACGGAUGUGCCGGGGCCGAAGGUGGUUGAUCCGUUCGUGAGGCUGACGGAGAUGCUGCGGUACUUCAAGGAUAUCGUCAAGGGCGAGCUGUGCGGACUCAAGUCGCAGCCGGCGAUCCAGGACCCGAUUCAGCUGCCUGCCAACUUGUCGGACGGGACGCAGGCCAUGAUUCGGGAUCUGGAUGCGUCGUUUUGGACGGGCGUGCUUGGGGAGGAUGCUGCUGGGACGUGGGAUGUCGGGAGUAUGUUCCCUUCCAUGGAUUGGACUGCCACUUGACGUUCGUUGGCCGGAUCAUGCGCCCGGAGACGAGGGGCUUUGAGGGGAUUUGUGUAACACUACCACCAGCGGAGGACCGACCGGGACUGACGCAUAUGAAUGUGAUGAAUUAUGAUAUGGGAAAGAGAGAGUUCCCACCUCGCCUUGGGGAGUUGUUGGCACAGUACCAACGUACAGAGGAACAUCGAGAAGAGGGUGUUGUGUCUUUCAGCGGACCAUCUCUUACUACUACCGAUCUGAAAAGGAGAUACGCAAAGAAUUAUGCUCUACGUGGAGGCCAAGAAAGGAGGAGGGUAUUGGUUUUUGGAGUUUCUCACAAGGAGUCGAGCAGGGUCACUAAGGCUUUCAUACAUCUUGUAGUUUUAUUAUUAUAACACACGGAA